GCUGCUUGUACACGGCCAGCACGUGCACGGGCAGCCGCCGCCACUCAGGAGCCACCGACGACGGCGGCGACGACGCCGACGACGCUGCAAGCUGUUCGGAAUCCUUAACCUGUGCGUGCAGAACUGCGGGAAGACACCAAGUCAGACAACACUCCGAAAUGUCAGGCUGAAGGACAGGAUGAAACUGCAAGUGAAGACUGUGGGGGACAAGGAGACACAAGAAGGUCCCCAGGGCUGCACCUCUCUUAAUUUGGAUAGCUGUGAUCAUACUCAGGGAUACACCCAGGCCCUGUCCAAGCCCAAGAUGGAGCCUGCCCCAGCCUCAGGACAUGUGUACAGCCAGAGAACAGAGCGGAGGGAAGGAUGGGAUACGGGGCUGGAAACCAACCACACCUUAGAGUUGGAGUGCAGAACCCCUGCGGCACAGGAAAGGCAGAAGCCUGGCCUUCCUGGAGGACUCAAGGGAGCCCUGCCAGCCACGCCACCCGAGACUGCGUGGGACAGGAGCAUUGUCGCCCCCAGCAGGCUUGCCGCCUGGUGGCCCCGCACAAGCUGGCUUAGAGGGACCCGGGCAGGAGGUGUCCCAGAUAACUCUACUUGUCCAGCUAACAAACACCACCACCACCAAAACCCAGCAGAGACGAGUCCAGAUGAGCCCGGUGGUGCCAAGGCAGAACCCGCAGCUCUCCAAGGACUCCAGACCACUCGUCCAGGCCUCUCCACCUUCUACUUCCUCUUGGUGAUCUUUGUGUUAUCCACCGUCUUCCACAGCCUCCGGCGCCUGGCUCUGGUGCCUGCCCCCUGGGCCUCUUCAGCCCUUGUGGUCUUGGCCCCGAGAAACCUGCCCCAGGAGGGCAUGUUCACCAUCAAUGUCAAAGGCCGCCUGGGGAACCAGAUGGGCGAGUACGCCACGCUGUUCGCCCUGGCCAGGAUGAACGGAAGGCCCGCAUUCAUCCCCGCGGCCAUGCACAGCGCCCUGGCACCCAUCUUCAGGAUCAGCCUUCCGGUGCUGCACGGCGACACGGACCGGAGGAUCCCGUGGCAGAACUACCACCUCAACGACUGGAUGGAGGAGCGGUACCGCCACAUCCCGGGACGCUAUGUGCGCCUCACUGGCUACCCGUGCUCCUGGACCUUCUACCACCACCUGCGCCCCGAGAUCCUGCAGGAGUUCACCCUGCACGACCAUGUGCGCGAGGAGGCCCAGGCUUUCCUGCGUGGCCUGCGGGUGAAUGGGAGCCAGCCGAGUACGUUUGUGGGUGUCCAUGUGCGCCGGGGGGACUAUGUGCAUGUCAUGCCCAAUGUGUGGAAGGGCGUGGUGGCUGACCGGGGUUACUUGAAGCAGGCCCUGGACAGGUUCCGGGCCCGUUAUCCAUCGCCAGUCUUCGUGGUCACCAGUGAUGACAUGGCCUGGUGCCGGAAGAGCAUCAGUAUCUCUCAAGGGGAUGUGGCGUUUGCUGGCAAUGGCCUUCGAGGAUCGCCUGCCAGGGACCUCGCACUGCUCACCCAGUGCAACCACACCAUCAUCACAGUGGGUACCUUUGGGGUCUGGGCUGCCUACCUCACAGGUGGGGACACUGUUUACCUGGCUAACUUUACCCAGCCCAACUCCCCUUUCCACAGGGUUUUCAAGCCACAAGCAGCCUACCUGCCCAAUUGGGUAGGCAUCGCUGCUGACUUGGGACAAGCCCAACGGAGUAACCUCUAGCCACACCUCAACCUGGGCCCCCCAAGAGGCAUUGGAGCCUUGCUGCUGCAUACAUACAUGGGAUCCGGUUCCAAUCCAGUCUCACAUUUUUCACAGCUGAGUGAUCUUGGGUCAGUGAUAUGACCUCACUGUCUUCCUGUGCACCCUGAAAAUGUGAGCACGGCCUCUGCUUACCUCAGCAGCACAGGUGACUUGAGUUCCUCUAUAGCCAGAGAGAGCUGGCCACCACAGGCCCAAUGUGUGCGUCAGGAAUGCUUUCCCGUGGAGGGCAGCGCCUUAGCUAGGGUUUCUGUGGCUGUGAUUAAACACUGACAGGAAACAGCCUGGAGAGGAAAGUGCUCAUCUCAGCUUACAGUUGCACAUCACAGGCCAUCACCGAGGGAGUCAGAACAGGAACGCAAAGGGCAGGCCCUGGAGGCAGGAGCUGAUGCAGAGGCCACGGAGGCAUGCCACUUACCAGCUUGCUCCUCGUGGCUUGCUGAGCCUGCUGCCUUGUAUGACCCAGGACUCAGGGUGGCACCUUGUAUGACCCAGGUGCUCAGGCACCGCCCAGGGCGAGCUGGGCCUGCCUACAUCCAUCAGUUGAGAAAAUGCACAGGCCAGUCUGGUGAGGACAUUUUCUCAACUGAUAGUCAGUCUUCCAGAAAGACUCAGCUUUUGUCAAAUUGACGUGAAACUAGCCAGCAGCGCCAACUUUGUGCUUCCCUUCCUGGAUCAGCCACUGUCCUGGGGGGUGUUUGGUGACGGUGUGGCUCCUGCCCUGGUGUUACGGGGACAUGACAUUUCUAGCAGCUGGGAACUUGGCCUUUGGGGUAGUGGCCUUUUCAGAGAAGGGAAGGGAAGUUGGAGGGCAGGUCUGAUAAAAGUGCCAGGGUGGUGGACAGCUGUGGCGGGGUAUUCCAUCACACUGUGAACCCCAAGUUUAUGUUUGCAUUUGCGUUAAUUAAAUAAAAUCAACUUUGGUUCA